GAGGCGCCAUGCCCGGUGCAUCCUGGGAAAUAAACCAACAUGGGAGGCAGCUCCAGGCUCAGCAUUGCACCGCAAUCCCUCGGAGUUCGCGCCUGAGGUGACCGUCCGAGCCCGGCGUUACCGGCAGCCCUCCUCCCCCGGGGGACCAUGUGAGAGGGGCUGGCCGCCGUAUCAGCCAGGAAUCCCCCCCGGACCAUGGACAGGAACUACCCGACUCCCAGCUUCACCGACCCGCUGGCCCCCGCCUCCCCCGCCGCCUGGGCCUACGAGCGCAGCGCCGGCAUCAAACCCAGCUUGAGCUAUGGAGGCGGACACCCUUCCCAUUCAGAGACGGAGCUUCUACACAGGCAGACAUAUGCAGCCACUCAUCAGCUCCCUGCAUACGCAACCACUCACCACCCCUCAGGUCUGUCUGGAAUCUUUGACACCAGCCUUCAUGUGGCCGGUGGGAACACUACAGAAACUUCUGUAAUGAACCUUCUCUCUGCCAUUGAAUCUCGGACUGCCCAAGCUUCAUCAGGGACAACUCUUCUUCCGCAGUUCAGGGCACCAUCAUGGCAGACUGGCAUGCAUUCCUCAACCGCUACAGAACUGUUUGUUACGGGAGCACUGCAAACAUCUGGAACAUUUCCAACCUCUGCACUCUCAGCCUAUCAGCACCCAAACACAUUUAGCUCCAGGAACUUUGCCACAACCCCAUCUUUGGCCCUCUCAGACGGUACCUUCAGCGCUACAACAAAUGGUCUACUUUCUCCCCAUGACCCUUUGCUUCAGAUUAAGACAUCGCAGACCCCCACCGCUUUGACUUUUGAACGGCUUGGCAGCGCUGUUUUAAGUACCAGCAUCCCACAAUCAUCAACCUAUCGAUCUGCCCAGGAGUCUGCACCCCAUCUCUUGCAGCCUCAGUUCAGCUUAUUGCCUUCGGCACUUGGCGGGACACAGCAAACUGCUCAGCCAUACAGUACGUCAGUUUUUACUGGCUCCACUGCCUCCAUAGAAAGAGCACUUCAGAGGGAAUGUAGUGUUAUUAAACACCAUCAGAGGCCUUCAAGUACACAGUCUGUUCAAGGGCAACUAUCUGGUACUCAGCAUUCCUUAACCAAUUAUUUAACAAAUGCAAGUGGAGCUUCUUUGCAGGAUGCCACAAGGCAGUCUGCUCUAUUAUGCUCUCCACUAGGGGCACUUACUCAGGUGAGCAAUGGGGCGCCAGUGCAGAAAACGUCUCAAGUUUCAGUGGAGUUAUCUCAAUCUUAUCCAUCUGUUAUCCCGUCUCCCGGCUACCCUCCUUCAUCUACAAAAUCAAAAAACUGCCCUACAAAGGCACCUCCAAGGUCUUCGAAGACCCCAAAGUCUCAGAGUGUUUCUCCUGGGCAAUCCCAAAGUUAUACCAAGUCUUCACAGAACCAGAGUUCUGUCAUUUCAAGCCAAGCACAAGCCUACUCCACGGCACAGCUACCCAGUCUUCUGUCUGUAAGCCAAUCUCACAGCUAUGUUUCAACACAAUCACCAAAUCUGCCAUCUGCUAGUCAAUCACAAGUGUUUUCUACCAUGAAAACUGAGAAGCUGCCUCCACUGUACAAACCACUCACUUCAUUCUCAAGCCAGUCGCAAACCAUAACUUCUGGCAGCCAGACACUAACUUUUUCAUCAGAUCAGCAACUUGCUCUGUCUUCAGUUUCAAGCGAGAGCUACUCUGAUCAAACAAGAGAUUUGUCCUCCGCUAACCAGUCACAAAAUUAUUCUUCCAGUAACACUCAGGGUUUAACUCCUGUUAGCCAAUCACAAGUUAGCUAUUCAUCUCAAUCGCAGGUGAUGUCACCCGUAAGUCCUUCAGACAGUUACACUUCAGGACAAAACCUACCACUGGCUUCACCAUCUCUUCCAUUUUCUGCUUCCUCGCGUGGUCAGAAUUUGUCCUCUUCGAGUCCAACUCAGAAUUACAUUUCUAUGCAUUCUUCACAGAACACACAAGGUUCAACUUCUCCACAGUCCCAGAAGUUUUUGCCAACUGUUCAGUCUCCAUCUUUUUCAUCCCCAUCCCAUUCACAAACUUUGCAGAGCGGUAGAUCAUCUACAGAUUCAAAGUCCUAUGGGAAAAGGAAAUCUGAAACCAACCUCUAUGCUUCUGUAAAACAAGAAGAGAAAUUUCAGAUGCAGGACUUGCAGGCAUUACAACAAUCUUCUCUUGAGUCUUCUAACCAGGGACUUGGUGAAGGUGAAAUGAGUUCACAGGAGACUGCCUAUAAUGUUUCAAAGUCUGAUGAUCGAUAUUCUCAAAGUGUUAUUAAAAGUAACUCUCGCCUCGAGGACCAAGUCCUUGGACUUCAAGGAUCUAAAAAGGAUGAACGAAUGAUCAGCCCUGUGCCUCACAUGUCCCAGCAUGUGAGCCACAUGAAUAAUACAUCUGGCCAUGAUCCCAAAAAGGCAACAGACUUGAUACAGUCCCCACAGGUGAAUGCUAAAGACUUAAGUCAGCAUAACAUGAUGCACAAAGUGCAUGAUACAAAGAUGCAGGAACAGCAGAGCACAUCUCCACAGAUGCAAGCUGCGUUAAGACAUUCACAGCAUAUCCAGCUACCUGUUACACAGGUACUUCUAGAGUCAGGCUGUGAUUUGAUGUUCCAGCAGUCUAUGUUACAGGCAAACAUGGGACAAGCAAAGGCUUCUGUAUCGAUGCAGAGGAUUCAGAGUCCUCAACAGGUAACUCACCAGUUUCUGCAAAUGGAUGGACAUAUCAUCCAGAGCAACGGAGGGCAGUCUCAGCAAUCCCUCCACUCUCAAGGUUCAGAAGUAAUAAAAAUGGACACUUCAGAUGGGAAACACCUUCAAUCAAAUCUGCAUGCAAAAGAUCAUUUCAACCCAAGAAGCCGGCUUGAUUCAAAGAAUCAGUUUGAUUCUCUGAACCCAAUGUGUUUCUCUGAGUCUAUGCUGCUAAGCGAUGAAAGAAACUUUUUGUCUCAGGUUGAUGACAUAUUAGCUGCUACGGCAGCUCAGGAGUUUGCCAAGUCUUCUAGUGAGGACAAUAUGUCUGUUAAAAACGAAGAUGCAAAGUCUCGCUUUCAGUCCAUAAAUGUAAGGCAUGUUUCUCCAACUUACACACCCACAAAGCAGCAAAACUUAAGCACCCUUUCUUUAAAUGGUGGCCAAACCGCAAUAAAUCUUUCGACCGUUUCUUCGGCUCAAUCAAAAAAUGUCAAUUUAGAUCAAUCACACAUUCAACCGCUAGAGCAGGAUUUGCAGAGUGGGAUGGGUUCGCCAGUGCUUGGGACCAGUCACGAUGAUCAUGAGAAGAAUUCUGAAAUAAUAAAGAAGCAUUCUAAUGUCAAUCGGGAAUCAAAAGAAGGUGUUGAGGUAAAUGAUGAGGGCAUGGAUUCUGAAUUCAUGCCCAACAGCAAGAGCCUCAACGAAGAGAGUGCUGCACCGGAUGGAGACUUUAUUAUGGGCUCUGAUGAAAAUGUAUCCGGUGUUGGUCAGGCUCCCAGCCAUCUUCUAUCAAAGACUGAUCCUCAGUUGAGUGGGAAUUCCAAUAACCAAAUGGAAGACAACUGUCAAGAUCCUACUCAGGACAGCCUUCAAAAGAUGAAGGCAAAAGACAAAACACCAAUGAAACACUUUGCAGAAGAUGAAAAUCAAAAUCAGAAGCAAGUAAAACGGAAUGUACAACUGAAACGUCCUUUGCCUAAGGGUCCAGAAGCGUGUAUGCAAUAUUCCACUCAUGCGUCUGAGGGUUAUUAUGAUACAUACCAGCACCAGGAAAGAAUGAGGCAGAAAAUAAAGGAGGUGGAAGAGAAACAGCCAGAAGUAAAAAGCGGGUUUAUUGCAUCUUUCUUAGACUUUCUAAAAACGGGACCAAAGCAGCAGUUUUCAGCUCCUGCUGUUCGUGUGCCCAACAGAAUAAGGAGGCCUUGUACUCCAGUAAUCAGGGCUCCUGGUCCUAGUCCUACUUCUCAGGCUCAGUCAGUGGGGGCCCCUCCAGCUUCAGAUACUGGUGGCUCUAGCUCUCCCAAAAAGACAGAGGAAGAGUUUAAGAAAAAUCUCGAGACAUUGCCUUCUUUCUCUUCGGACGAUGACGAUUCUGUAGGAGGCAAUAAUGACCUUCAGAAGAGUAUAACCACAGCUCUGUCUGCCUUGGAUGAAACGUCCGAUAGAAAGAACAAAUCAGAAGCAGAAAGGUCAGGAGCAUCCGGUAAACAGGAAUCCACACCAGUGUCUUCCCCAAGGAAUGCUCAGGAAAAAUCUAAAGCAUCAGAUUCCCUCAAACCAGCGCAGUCUGAUCCCUCCCAAGCUGAGCAACUGGCUAAGUCACAGGAAAUGGUUGCAAUUGAAGGAUGCACCGAUGACGAAAAUGAAAGUGGCGGAGAAGGGAUAUACCGGGAACGUGAUGAGUUUGUUGUAAAGAUUGAAGACAUAGAAAUGCUCAAGGAAGCUUUGCGUUUAGGCAAAGAGCCGCCAGCUAUUUGGAAAGUUCAGAAGGCUCUGCUCCAGAAAUUCAUCCCUGAAAUUCGUGAAGGUCAAAGAUCAUUUGCUGCUACCAACAGCUAUCUUGGCUAUUUCGGUGAUGCAAAAACAAAAUACAAACGUGUUUAUGUGAAGUUUGUCGAGAACACAAACAAAAAGGAGUACGUGAGGGUUUGCUCUCGAAAACCGAAAACCAAAAUUGCUCCACCUGCAAGGACCUCUCACACGAAGGUCAGUGGAAACAACAAGGUGACAGAAACUCCGCCACCAAAAAGUGUACCCCCUAAAGCUGUGUCUGUGAAACCUAAAGCCAAACAGCCAAAGGCGAAGGCUGAACCUCCACCAAAGAAGAGGAAACAGUGGAAAGAGGAAUUUGAAUCUUCCCAGUCGGAUUCCUCUCCGGACAUGCAAAGUGAUGAGGAAGAGUUUGAGCCUCCACCACCACCAGUUGUCACUCGUUUUUUGAACACACGAGCCAUGAAAGAGACCUUUAAAGGAUACGUCGAAUUACUUGUUGGUCUUGCUUUAGAUGGUGACAUGAUACAAGCCUUGGAAAAAGAAAAUGAUGAAGUUCAGCUUCCUCAUAUGAGAAAAAUUGAAGGCAUGCUGAAUGAAAACAGAAGACGUCUUCUAACAAAAUUACAGUUGGAUCAAUCUCUUAAGAAUGCCUUGGAAAACUACCCCGAUGUUGCAACAAUUACUCGUGACACAAAAGCAAAAGUUUCUGUGUGCAAAAUAAAGACAAGCGGCAAGUGGUAUAACAAAAAAACCUUACGGCCAACUAAAACUGCUUCAAAGCAGUCACAGGAAUUCACGGUAGACCCGGAGAAAUCGCAGUUGUGUUCAUUGUAUCAUGCACUCCAUCAUUACAAGUACCACAUAUAUCUUGUAUGCAAAGAUGAGGUUAACUCUGUUCAGAAAGCAAACCGGGAUCUGAAGCAAGAGGAGUUGGUACACCACUGUCUGAAAAACAUGAAAUGGGUGGAAGAUCUUUUUGAAAAGUUUGGCGAACUUUUGAGUCGUGUGCAACAGACCUGUUCCUAAACCCCCCAGCUUCUACCAUACUCUCCUUGCAGUAUAUUUCUCCCCAACAGCACUAGCCUACUGGAAGAGGAAUGAAUACACAUUCACCGAACUCGUAGAAAAUGUCAGACUCCCAUCAGUAGACUCUGCUGUUGAAUCUGCAGUUACGUGCCUGCAUCUAAUCAAGCUGUGUCAGAAAAGAACAUAGCCCAUUAUUGCUUGGGCAGCAAGCACGUAUUCAUCCUGGCCUUUUUUUUUUUUUUUUUUUUUGUAUGAAUGAUUUUUCUAUUUUGUAAACUAUUGGGUAAUGCUUUAUUUUUAUUUUAAAGGAAUAUUGAUUUUCCUUUUUUUUUUUUUUUUCCUUUUUUUUUUCUUUCUUGCAAAAUGAUACAGCAUGCACUAAAUAUAGAAUUCAUUUCUUUAUUAUCUAUAGCGUUAACACUUAAAAUGCUUUACUACAAUUUUGGUUUUUGUUUUCCUGAUUGUGUAAAAGAAAAAACAGAAAAAUCACCCUUUUCCCAUCUUCUCUUCCCCCCCCCUCACACACACACACACACACACACACACACACACAAAAGGUUUAUGGUGGAGGUACAAAAACAAUAUUUAGAUUUAGAAUUUCUGACCACCACAUGUAAGGGUAUUGUACAUUUUGUAAAACAGAGUUGGCGGAAUGUCAAGUAAAAGAAACCACCAUGAUUUAACAAAACAAAAAUAUCUUAGAAAUUGUUAUGCUUUAUGGACACCUUUUACAAUAUAUUGUCCAGGAAACUGGAUAUGGAGCUGGUGCAAUCCUAUGACUUGCUUAUUUUUUUUUUUUUUGUGUCAAAAUAUAUUAUAAUGAAAAAAAAAAAAAAGACCUUAACUAUUUUCCCUGUUUUGAAGAAAGCUAUUUUCCUUUAUACAGUGUUUGUUUUUUGUUUGUUUUUUUUUCUUUUCUUUUCUUUAAAAAAACAAAAGCAAAAACAAAAAAAAAUCAAUUGUACAUUUUAUCUCACUAAUAGUUGUAUUUUUCACAGAGAAAAUAUUGUGGUUCAAAUUCUGUUUCAUGGAUCUUUGUAAUACACGUCCCAUGGUUUUUAAGUAAAUCCUAUCCAUUUAUGUGUUGAUUUCACAUUGUAUGCAGUAUAUCUUGGGCUAGGCCUCUCCCCUAGACAUUAGAUGCAGUGUGAGCCUGCAAGUGUAUAGCAGGAAACAUUAGCUUUUACAUAUAGCUAUUAGACUUUGCAACCAUUUUCUGAUCCUUGGAAAUAAAUUCCUUCCAAACUUGCA